AUGGGAAGUUCAUGCCUGAACUCGUCUCGCACAGUACUUGAGAGACCCACUAGUUUCUCGUUCGAUAAGCAACGCAGGCCUUGUCCAACAAGUGGCUUCUCAUGGUUAAUGAGAAAGAAGCAUACCAACAUAGUCCGCUGCCAAGGCAAUGGGAAUGUGAGAAACCCAAAUGGAUAUCCUCCCGUUGUAACUGAAAGGCCUGCUGCUGCAACAGUCACAGAGGAUCAUAUGGUUUUUUCGUCAAAUGUAAAGAUCCGCAAGGAUGUUGGCAUGAUGGAUUUGACGUCUUACAAGGAAACAACAGCACCUGGUACAAGUGAGACAUACGUUAGCGAAGGUAUUGGGAUUGUUAGAUUUCUUAGGGGAAAGAAGUUUCUCAUUACUGGUGCAACAGGCUUCCUGGGGAAAGUUCUCAUUGAGAAGAUUUUAAGAACCAACACAGAUGUCAGUAAGAUCUAUGUUCUUAUCAAGGCUAAGGACAAGGAAGCUGCAAUGGAGAGAUUGAAGUGUGAAAUAGUAAAUACGGAACUCUUCAGAAGCUUGAAGGAAAUCCAUGGAAGCAACUACCAGGCUUUCAUGUUAAGAAAGCUUAUUCCGGUGGUAGGGAAUGUCAGGGAAGCUAAUCUUGGACUCGAGGCUGGGUUAGCUGACGAGAUCUCGGAAGAAGUGGAUGUUAUUAUUAACUCGGCGGCAAAUACCACUUUUGAUGAGAGGUAUGAUGUUGCCCUGGACAUAAACACCAUAGGACCAUGCAGGAUUAUGAGUUUUGCAAAGAGGUUUAAGAGGCUGAAGCUCUUCUUGCACGUAUCAACAGCUUAUGUGAAUGGGCAAAGGCAAGGUAGGAUUUUGGAGAAGCCCUUUCUUAUAGGAGACACCUUAGCAACGGAAACAAGUUUUUCAGAAUUUUCUGCAAAAUCCACACCAUUAUUGGAUAUUGAAACUGAGAUUAAGCUAGCUCUUGAUUCUAAAAAGACUUCUCACUAUUCUUCUACGACUCAAGAGAUGAAGGACUUGGGUUUAGAGAGGGCAAAGAUUCAUGGAUGGCAAGAUACGUAUGUUUUCACAAAGGCCAUGGGUGAAAUGGUGGUAAAUUGCAUGCGAGGAGACAUACCAGUGGUCACCAUUAGACCUAGCGUUAUUGAAAGUGCCUGCAAAGAACCCUUCCCUGGAUGGAUGGAAGGAAAUAGGAUGAUGGAUCCAAUAGUUCUAUAUUAUGGAAAAGGCCAACUUACUGGAUUUCUUGCUGAUCCUAAUGGAGUGCUGGAUGUUGUCCCAGUUGACAUGGUUGUGAAUGCAACCUUGGCAGCCAUGGCAAAGCAUGGGUCAAGUAGGGAGCCAGGCAUGCACAUAUACCAAAUUGCUUCGUCUGUCAUUAACCCGCUAGUGUUCAAAGACUUGGCCAGGCUUCUCUUUGAACACUUUAAGACUUUUCCUUGUAUGGACCCUAAAGGGAGACCAAUUACAGUCCAUCCAAUGAAACUCUUCAGUGACAUGAACGAAUUCUCCUCCUAUGUUUGGAUGGAUGCUUCUCAAAGGAGUGGAAGGGUAACUGCUGCUAUUUCACAUGAAAAGCUAUCUAAGAGAUUGCAGAACAAAUGCAUGAGAUCAGUAGAGCAAGCCAAGUAUCUAGCUAACAUAUAUGAGCCAUAUACUUUCUAUGGUGGAAGGUUUGAUAACGCAAACACUCAAAAGUUAAUGGAGGAGAUGUCUGAAGAAGAGAGGACAAGCUUUGAUUUUAAUGUGGGAAGCAUCAGUUGGAAGGAUUACAUCUCUAAUGUUCAUAUUCCCGGAUUAAGAAGGCAUGUUAUGAAGGGAAGAGGCAUGUGUACAAAAUCCCAACUUGUGGGUACAACAGUUUGA